UCUCUGUCCCUUCUUUGCAGCGCAGCAGUCGACUUGCAUGCUGGGAUUUGGAGUGCAAGAAGCAGCGAAUGCGAGGGUUGGGGAUGACCAGGACACUACACUUCCCAGGAUUCUCUGCGUCUCUCUGGCGUUCUAUUGGCUGGGGGGAAAUUGACGUAGACUUGCAGGAAAGUGUGGUUGCACCGUGUAAGGGCUGGUUGAAAGGUCUUGCCAGGAGCUUAUUGAUCUUGUACGCGCUCUUUGAAGAAGUGACUUGACCUUGUAUGCAUUGCCAUCGUUUUUGGCCUUGGCCCUUUGAAGCUCUCCUAAUUGUCAGAGCAGUAUUUUGCUGUUCUUUCUAAAGUUAUUCAAAAUUGCUCAUCUCAGAGUCAUGGAGAUGCCGUCAUAUUACACCAAACUUCUUGGAGAGCUGAAUGAGCAGCGUAAGAGAGAUUUCUUCUGUGACUGCAGCAUCAUUGUGGAAGGUCGAAUAUUUAAAGCACACAGAAAUGUUCUAUUUGCCAACAGUGGUUAUUUCCGGGCCAUGUUAGUUCACUACAUUCAAGACAGUGGAAGGCAUAGCACUGCCUCUCUGGACAUUGUCACUUCUGAGGCCUUCUCUACCAUCCUGGAUUUUAUAUACUCAGGGAAGUUAAACCUGAGUGGAGAGAAUGUAAUUGAGGUUAUGAGUGCAGCAAGCUACCUCCAAAUGACUGAUGUUGUUAACUUUUGUAAGGCUUACAUACGGUCUUCCCUUGAUAUCUGCAGGAAAAUGGAAAGAGAGAGUUCCUUUGGACAGGCUGAUAGUGGGAGUGAUGGUAUAAGUGGUGGUAGAGCAGCGCUCGGAAAUAUAACUGUAAAAACAGGUCAGGGGGACUGUCAGAAGGAAGCACCCUGUGGAGACUGUAGUAGCUGCAAUUCUGAGGAAUUGACGGUGAAGGAUCCCCCAAGUGAAGGCUCUCCAGAAGAAAAAAGUCCUAGUAAAGCAGUGGAACCCAAAGAGGAGUUUGAUUCUGAUGUUGUGGAAGUAACAGAAGGUAUCCAACCAUAUCAGAUACAAUCUGGCAUGGAGCAGGGUGAAGAAAGUCCACAGGGUAGCUCCAAUAUGGACCUAACAUGUAAUAAUUAUCAUAUGAAACAGUUUUUAGAGGCUCUCCUCCGCAACAGCUCUGCACAGAGAAAAGAGGAUCAAGGGCAUCAUUUCCCGCGUGAUUAUGAGUCCCGACAAGAGGAAGGAAGUGUUUCAAUGAGUAAUAUGAUGGACAUUCAGGGGGACUGGUAUGGUGAAGAUACAGGUGAUGUUUUAGUUGUUCCAAUCAAGCUUCACAAGUGCCCCUUCUGUCCAUACACUGCAAAGCAAAAGGGAAUUCUGAAACGUCACAUUCGAUCACAUACAGGAGAGCGCCCUUAUCCAUGUGAAAUCUGUGGUAAGAGGUUCACACGCCAGGAGCAUCUGCGGAGCCAUUCACUCACUGUUCACCGAUCCAACCGACCCAUUAUUUGUAAAGGUUGCCGCCGUACUUUCACCAGCAGUCUGUCCCCGGGUCUAAGGCGGUUUGGCUUGUGUGAUAGCUGUACUUGUGUCACUACAACAAAUGAAGAUUCCCACCAAGCAAGUCAUGCAGAAGGUGCAUCUGAAAGUAUGGACAAGGAUGAAGGAGAUGGAGAUUGGCCUAUUUACAUUGAGUCUGGUGAUGAGAAUGAGAAUGAUAAUGAGAAUGAAGUGGCUGAGGAAGACGUUGAGGAUAAAGAACAAAUACAUAGGGAGGUACUGAUGUGACCCACUAGAAAAUCCAUGCAGUUACCUCUCUAUGCAGGCCAUCUAGGUAGCAUUGUACUAAAUGGCUUAGGCCGUCCUAUUUCUGCCACUACUGAGACCAUCUCAGUGGUCAGCAGGUUCAUUGCCUCUUUGGCUAUGCACUGUGCUGCUGGUCCAUUAGCAGCAAAACACUUUCUAUUUUACACAUUUCUUGACAUUUAUUUUAGUGCUGUGCACUAUAUUUCGGCAUUAACUGUGACUUCACCGGACUUUUUAUUGUUGACGUUUGUGUCAUGGAAAGAUCAGCUGUUUAUUACAUUGCAAGAAUGCCUACCAGACUAGCCAGCGUACAAAAGAUAUAUCAGCCUCUGUUCUUUUUAAUGCCUUUUUUUUUUUUUUUUUAUACUACAGUCCUAUAAUUUAAGGCAGUCAAAAUGCCUUACUCUCUUUGCAACUUGGAGGAAUAACACAUGGUGUUUUGGACGUUUUAGGCAUUGGACAUGUGUAUAUGUAUAUUUUGCACAACUAGAAAUGUCCAAAAAAUAUAUGAAAUUACUUUGUGGUAAUCGUUCCUAGAAUUAGCAUUUAACACCUUUUCAGAAAAAGAUGAAUGUGUUUGCAUAAAGGGAUUUUUACAAACUUAA